AGCAGGGUUGUGGGGGAGGUCUAUACCUCAUUUCGCUGCCCUCAGCUUGUUUUUUGGGGGCUGUUUGUGCCCCCUAUGGCUGGUGGGGGGGCUGGGAGGGGUCUCCUGUGCCAGCACAGCAUACAAGCCCGUCCCGGUGCCGCAUUGGUGACCCGUGGCCCCCGGCAGCUGCGCGAGGAGCCGGCUCCGUCCUUGCCCCCCCGUGGCCCUGCCGUAAGUGAUGGCUCUUAUCUCCCUGCUGACACACCAGCAUCCUUCAGCCGCCGCAUUUAAGGCCGAGCGCCCCAGAGGGAGAGCCCGGGACAGAGGAGGACUCGCCGCCGCCGCAGAGACACUCGCCCGCAGCCCCACGGCUCUGCUGCCCGCCGAGAUGCUGCCCGCCACCUCCAAGCUCUGCGCCGCCAUCUCCUACCGCCACCUGCGCAACAUGACGGGUCUGAGAAGACAAGCGGCCGUGGCCAUCAGCCAGGAGCUGAGCAAGCUCGCCCGCCGCAGCGCCGGCCCCGGGGCCUGGAUUCACCAGGUCCGCAGGAGAAGCUCCUUGCUCAGCUCGAGGUUGGAGGAGAAGCCCUUCAACGAGAUGGACAUGUCGUACAUCAAGCAAGGAGAGGAAGCCCUGCAGAAGUCACUCAGCAUCCUCGGGGACCAGGAUGGCUGGAAGACGGAGACGGUGGUGGGAAACGGAGACAAAGUGCUGAGCAAGGUGCUCCCGGACGUGGGCAAGGUGUUCCGGCUGGAGGUGGUGGUGGACCAGCCCCUGGAGACGGUGUACAGCGAGCUGGUGGACAACAUGGAGCAGAUGGGGGACUGGAACCCCAGCGUCAAAGAAGUCAAGAUUCUCCAGAAGAUCGGCAAGGACACGGUGAUCACCCACGAGAAGGCGGCCGCCACCCCCGGGAACAUCGUGGGCCCCCGGGACUUUGUGAGCGUGCGCUGCGCCAAGCGACGCGGCUCCACCUGCGUCCUGGCCGGCAUGUCCACCACCUACGGCGCCAUGCCCGAGCAGGAGGGCUUCAUCAGGGCAGAGAAUGGUCCCACCUGCAUGGUCCUGCGCCCGCUGGCCGGCAGCCCCUCGCAGACCAGGCUCACCUGGCUCCUCAGCAUCGACCUCAAGGGCUGGCUCCCGAAGACCAUCAUCAACCAGGUUCUCUCCCAGACCCAGGUGGACUUCGCCAACCACCUCCGGCAGCGCCUGGCCCGGCCCGUGGCCACGGGCUACUGACCUCUGCCGGGGGGGGGGGCAGGCCUUGGUCAGGGUGCGUAGGGAUCUUGUAACGGGGCAAGUCAGACACCAAUUAAUUACAGCUGUGCUAAUUAGCCGAGGCCUUUAAUAGUAGACACUACUAAUUAAUACAUAUUUUCAGUGAAUAAAUAAACAAAGCUUUAUUUAUUAAAACUGAUUAGUUGGGGAGGGCUGGGCCAGCACGUCCUCCUUGUGCAAAGGCAGGACCAAAAGUCUGAGCCAAGUCCUGCGUUUGCUCCACGGAGCGUGUGCUGCCCCUGCAACCUCCCUAAAUAAAUAAAGCUUUAAUUAGCAGCAUCUGCUAAUAAAGGCCUUGGCUAAUUAGCCGUUAGGGAGGUCCCAGGCACCUGAUGGGGAAGGAGGUGUCAGCAAACGCAGGACUUGCUCAACCUCACGUUUUAUUCCCUUUCUUCCCCCAAAAACACAAACACAGCACUUACCUAAAAAUUUAAUUCCCUUCUCCCUCCCCCCCCCAAGUAAAGCAGCUCUAAUUUAUUUUCCUCCAGACACACACACGG